AAACAGCAAGCCAGAAGAGAACCAAACUUUCACCACCAAUGUAAACGACAGCAAGCUCUCUCGCCGGAGAUCUUACGUUGCCGUGGCUGUGCUGUGCUACGUGAACCUGCUCAACUACAUGGACCGCUACACGAUCGCAGGAGUUCUGUCUAGCCUCCAGAAAUACUUUGGCAUCAGUGACAGCACAUCUGGACUAUUACAGACAGUUUUUAUUUGCAGCUUCAUGCUGCUGGCUCCAGUCUUCGGGUACCUUGGAGACCGUUACAACAGAAAACUGAUCAUGGUGGGCGGGAUGAUCACAUGGAUUGUCACAACAAUGGGCAGCUCUUUCGUCACGGCAGAGUAUUUCUGGGUGCUGGUCCUCAUGCGAGCUUUGGCUGGUGCUGGAGAGGCCAAUUACUGCACAAUAGCUCCAACCAUUAUUGGAGACCUGUUCACUGGCUCCCAAAGAACUCUUAUGAUCACCUUCUUCUAUAUCUUCAUCCCUGUUGGAAGUGGUCUUGGGUACAUUCUGGGAGCCACAAUCGCUACUGCUACAGGAGACUGGCGUUGGGCCCUUAGGCUGAACUCAAUUCUGACGAUACUGGGGUUGAUACUUCUAGUAUUCCUGACCCCCAACCCUCCACGAGGCGCCUCCGAAACAGACGGAGAAGCAUGCAUAGAGCACACGUCUUAUCUAGAGGACAUCAAAUAUCUACUCAGGAACCGGAGCUUUGUGUGGUCCACUCUGGGAGUGACUGCCAUGGCUUUUGUCACAGGUGCAUUGGCUUUCUGGACACCCACCUUUAUGUCUCGGGCUCGAGUCAUCCAGGGCAUCACUCCUCCGUGCUCAGAAGAACCAUGUGACCCUUCGGACAGUUUUGUCUUUGGGGGAAUCACGGUGGUGACGGGUAUUGUUGGCGUUUUCAUCGGAUCCUUAAUAUCUAGGCAGCUGAGAGACAAAGUGGCCAAUGCUGACCCUCUCAUCUGUGCUGUGGGAAUGCUCAGUUCUGCUCCUUGCUUGUGGAUCGCCAUGUUCCUGGCAUCCAUCAGCAUUCCUGCCACAUAUACUUUUAUUGGUUUUGGAGAAAUCCUACUUUCUCUGAACUGGGCCAUUCUAGCUGACAUCUUACUGUAUGUUGUUAUACCAACCCGAAGGGCAACAGCGGAAGCUUUACAGAUUUUAACAUGUCACCUACUUGGUGAUGCAGGAAGUCCAUAUCUUAUUGGCAUAGUCUCAGAUGCUCUGAGUAAGCUUAAACCCGACUCUGCUGACUGGAGGUUCCGCAGUCUAGAGUACAGCGUCAUCCUGUGCCCUUUCAUCGGUGUUCUGGGAGGCAUUUUCUUCCUCCUGACUGCCCUAUAUAUCAAAGAGGACAGGAAAGCUGCUGAGAUGCUGAUGAAAGGAGAAACUCCAGACCAAGCUGAACCCAUCACCGAGUCAACAUGACCUAUAAGCGCACGCUCAAUAGCACAUUGAAACUAAUGUAGAAAAAUUUAACCACUGAAGUUCAUAGGCAUAUCUGUAAACAUGUUUUAAUACUAUUUUUAUUGUUGUUGUUUUUUAUGGACCAUUGCGCAGUUACAUACAGUGCAGUUUUGUCAAAUGGUAUUUUCUAUGUCUAUGAGUAUGUCAAUGUAUAUACUUUAGGAGUAUCUUUAAUCCCACCAGCCGUAACAACUACCAGGGUUCUCAGACAUCCUUAUUUGAUAUCCUGAAUUAAGGAGAUCAGUAUAAAAAAAAAACAGUUUCAUUAAGGAUUGUUUGUGGUCCUUUAGUUAACAACCAUCUAUUUCCUCAAUCGUGUUUGGACUCCACAUUUUCAGUAUGGUAUGACAAGGGUAUUAAACAAGUUAGAGAUUUGUAUGCCGAUGGUGUGUUUGAUAGCUUUGCCAAUCUGGCAUCCACUUAUGACCUCCCUGUGACGCAUUUUUUUUUCGAUAUUUUCAAAUUCGGAAUUUCGUUUCUAGAUGUUUUCCUGAUUUCCUCUCUGCGCCUCCUGAACAGGCUUGGGAAAGCUUGUUUUCAAACAAUCCAUAUCAGAGAGGAAUGAUUUCUAGGAUUUAUGAUUUUUUUCUGGCGCUAGGUAGUGAGUCGAGUAACAAAAUUAGGAAUGCGUGGGAAACGGAGUUAGGAGUACAGAUAAGUGAGGAGUGUUGGGAACGUGCUAUAGGGAGGGUACAGUCUACCACUUCUUUUGCUCGUCUUGGACUUAUACAGUUCAAAGUUUUAAACAGAGUCCAUCUGUCCAAGUCGAGACUUUCUGUGAUGUAUCCGGACAUAGAGGACAAGUGUGAUAAAUGCCAUGGCUCUCCCUGCCAUCUUGGCCAUAUGUUUUUCUUCUUCCCUGAUCUCCAUGGUUUUUGGUCUGUUUUUUUUUACCAUCAUGUCCACUAUUCUCGGGGUAGAUUUAAAACCUUGCCCAUUGAUUGCUGUAUUUGGGAUUCCUGAUGACUCAGUUCCAUUGAGCUCGAUACAAAAGGAUGUUAUUGCUUUCACAUCCCUUAUAGCAAGACGUUCCCUACUGUUGCAUUGGAAGUCUGUUAAAUACCCAUCUAUCUCCCAGUGGCAAAGGACGUGAUGUUUUUUCUAAAACUCGAGAAAAUAAGGUAUACGAUGAAGGGUUGUACGGACAAGUUUUUUUUAUAAAUGGUACCCCUUUAUCGUAUACUUUAUGGAGUUACAGACAAUUCCCACUUAAAUUUUUGUGCCUGUUGUUGGGUCUUACAAUAUCUUUAUAACCAGCGAUAGUUAUUGGGUAGCCAUGAUGAGCCAGGGGGGCGAGGGGCAGGUACUUUUAAUUUUGUUUUCCUUUGUUAGUAUAAAAAGAAAAAAAACCUGUGAAUGUUUACUGCUGUGUGUUGCUCAAUUUGUUUUUGUUUUUUUUCUUCUCAAUGGAAUAUUUGGGAAAGGGAGGGGAGGAGAGAAGAAAAAAGGUGAUGUUCAGCAGACAUGUUUGGUAGACGUGUUCAGCAGAAAUGUUCAGCAGAAAUGUUCAGCAGAAAUGUUUAGUUCAGCAGAAAUGUUCAGCAGAAAUGUUCAGCAGAAAUGUUCAGCAGAAAUAUUCAGUAGAAAUGUCUAUUUGUGCCAUGUCAACAUCAGAAUCGGUAUCAAACUACAAUUCCCAGAGUACAGCGUGGCCUACAAAUGUGGCUGCCGAGCACUACAACUCACAGCCAUUACACUGGGUAUGUCUCAACCAGCUCCCUAGUUCAGUAGGUGGUGAAUCAGUAUAUUGUGUACACGCGUUUGGGCACUGGUAACGACUUAAAGACUCACUACACAUUGGGGCACUGAUAACUGAAUUUCUGGUGACAUGACUACAUACUCGCGUUAUAAAACCUCACCAAAAAUUAAAACGUCAAAAUAUUUAAGGUUUAUGUUAUACAGAUUUGUUAGCUUAAUCACACAUAUUUCUGUCAUAAUAUUUCAAGCAGAGUCAUAGUCAAGCUAGUGGAUAAAAUCAUUAAACCCUUAAUAGCCGAUAGACUCAAACCGCAUAUAUAGAACAUCAAAUAAAAUUAAAAUUUGUUAAUGUAAGUAAUCAUUUGAGAGCUACAUCAACAAUAACAAGCUACUUACAUUUGUAAGCGGAAGUUGGCUGAUAUUUUGUCCCCCAUCUUUUUCGAGCUUUAGAAAAUAUGACGAACAUAGUGAGCAUCGAUGCUCAUUGGUUUUUGUGAUGCACUGUGGGAUUUUUUAGGAGCGACCAUUCCAGGGUGCUUCUCAUUUCUUUCUUGUGCAUCCUCGUUUCCUUUCCUCGCUUCCUUUCCUU